AUGGAUUCAACAGGCGAUCACUACGGCCUUCGCGUGGUCAUGCUACCAUGGCUCGCCCAUGGCCACGCCUCGCCCUUCCUGGAGCUCGCCAAGCGCUUGUCACGCCACGACGUGUUCGUCCACUUCUGCUCCACUCCCGCCAACCUCGUCUCCAUGCGCGAACAGUUCGACGCCAAUGCCUUCCCUUCCAUCCGGCUGGUGGAGCUCCAACUGCCCGCACUCCCCGGUCUCCCGCCUGACCUCCACACCACCAAACACCUCCCGUCCCACCUGAUGCCCACCCUCAAGCAGGCCUUCGACCUCGCGGAGCCCGACUUCGGGCUCCUCCUCCAAGCCUUGCACCCCGACCUGCUCAUCUACGACUUCCUCCAACCUUGGGCGCCCCUCUCGGCGCACCGCCGCAACAUCCCGGCCAUCCAGUUCCUCACCACCGCCGCUUCCUCCGCGGCCUUCUUCUGCCACUGCAUCAAACGACCGACCGAAGAGUUUCCGUUCCCGGCCAUGUCGCUGGGCGUGAAGGAGAACCUGGAACACAUUGCCACGAUGAACCGGUUUGCCAACGGCAUGUCGGACGGGGAGCGCUUCCUCCGCUGCAUGGACCGCUCCUCGGGCUUCAUCGCCAUCAGGACGUUCCGGGAGAUCGAGGCCAAGUACAUCGACUACUUGUCCUGCGUGCUGGACAAGGAGGUCGUGCCCGUGGGGCCUCUUGUUCCGGACGACGACGACGACGACGACGGUAGCAGCGGGCGGGAUCGCCUGACGGACCAGGACCGCGAGACCGAGCGGUCGAUCAUGUCGUGGCUGGGCGCCAAGGAGAAGUCCUCCGUCGUGCUCGCAACGUUCGGCAGCGAGUACUUCAUGUGCAAGGAGGAGAUGCGGGAGGUAGCGCGCGGGUUGGAACUCAGCGGGUUGAGCUUUAUCUGGGUGGUGAGGUUCCCAAAGGACGGAAUCCUCCCCACGGUUGCCGGCGAUAGUAGCUCGUGGGCUACUGCUCUGCCGAGCGGUUUUGUGGAGAGGGUCGUGAAGGGGGAAGGCAGGGGAUUGGUGGUGGAGGGGUGGGCGCCGCAGAGAAAGAUCCUGCCAUGA